AUGCUUGAAUUGCUUUUGAUUUUAAUAGAAGAAUUACAGAAUGUACUUCAUGCUUUUCGGGAUGAUGCCAAUUUCAUGAUUGUUUGCUUAGUUCAGUGGAUGUGUUCUCAGCCUGUUACAAGCCCUCGCCAAAGUCUUGUGAAGUCAUUUAUUCGAGCUCUUGAAUACCCACAUCAAUUGAAUCAUACACAGCAGGAACGGAUGGUAUUGACGUCAGCUACUUGUCGUCGUACUUUAGAUGAUCUUUCAAUUUGCGAUAGAUUGCGUGAUCCUAGAUUUACUUGGAUCAUUAAUUGUGCCAAAAGGAAAUUACCUGUUGUCCCAUUCACCUUACCUGCUACAAAUGCUCAGUCUUCAGAUGCAGAAAUGUUAAAGCAAGCAUUCACUUAUGCUAGGCAACAAGCGUGGGGUUCUCCGAAUGUUUUACAACUAGUGGACCGGUGUAAUAAAGCCGGCGUAGUUGAAAACUGGUGUAUGGUUUGGCUGAAUGCAAUGUUAAAGUUAUCUACAAAUGACGAGAUGCUAUGUGCGGGUGAAUUGUGUCUUGCAGCUGGUAUUAUGUCGCCGGUGCCUUGCAUGCUUAGUUUUGCACGCAGCAUAACGGAAUACAUCUUUGAACAAAACGUUGAGUUUGGUUGUGUAGAACCAAAAGCAUUAGUAAGUGCACAGUUCCUGGUACACUGUUUACAGUUGGCUAUGCAUGCAUAUUGGAGACAGCAAAAAGAAAGACAAGCGCGCGUUGCAAGAGGCGAUUGCAUAGAAAGAAAAAAAAGUGAUGAAGAUGAAAAUAACGAAAGUGAUCUGGGCAAUCCCGUGGAGCGUUCUGUUUUAGUAAUUUUCGAUAAAUUUCUUCGUGAGGCCAGAGCUGGGCAUUUAAAAAGUACAAUUACAUUUAUAUACCAUUUUAUGGUGUCAUUAGCAAAUGCGCCACGAAAUCCAGCUACUCGGAGAAUAAUCGAACUUCUCCCACGUGAUUUGAUACUGAAUUUGGCUCGUCUUGACCCGCAAACUUUCAAUCUGGAUCUAUAUUGGCCAUUAGUGAAUUUAUGUGAUGCCGACGAUUGUACAAGAGACCUUGACGUAAUAAAACCUCAACGGCCUGCAUACGUUUCAGAGAGUCACGGGGAACAGUUCACUGACUGUCCCCAAACGCAAAAAUUACGCUGUUGGCUAGUCCCAACUCGAGACUGCCACACGGUUUACUCUCUUUCUCUGGAGUCUCCACUACUCUUACAGUUCCAAAGCUACGAUGUCUGUUUUUCCAAUGAAAUGGGAGAGCAAUACAAAUGUGUUGCACAGGCUCUGUCUGCAUGGGAUAGUCAUGGCGAUUACGUGUGGAUGACUGGGAUGAGAUUCAGCGUUUUCAUUCCAGUACUAACUGAUUAUAGUUGAUU